GUCCCUCUCCUCUCUUCAGGGAGAUGACUGCUUGGAGGUCGGCGUCCCAUAUGUGGCACUGGAUACGCUGUCACGCUGCGCCGGAUGCGUUGCCUUCGUCCCGAAUUAUCCGAAGUUCCUAGAAUAAUGCUGAAUUAUCCGAAGUUCCUAGAAUAAUGGGCUGCAGGGAGCCUGGUGAGAAAAGGUCAUCAGCUGGUGGGGCCAUGACCUUUGACGGCCUCCCUGGGAGAUCAGAAAGUACGGGCAGAUCGGCCGAUGAUUUCUGGGAGUGGCUUUCACAUGCCCACGUUGCUGAAAUUCCCUGGCUCACCAUGCCCCCCGUGGACUCCUGGCGGGUUCGAACCCACCACGGAGUGCGCCGACGGCCGCGCGCUCGCUGGAGCGGCGGCCGAUGAGGGCCGCCUGGAACCGCCGGCGCGCGCCAACUGGCGAAGGAGGGGUGAGGAGGAGGAGGAGGAGGAGGAGGAGGAGGAGGAGGAGGAGGAGGAGGAGGGAGAGGCUGAGAGUCUGAGAGGGUGUGAGCGCCCCUGCCUCAGAGCGGACAGCCCGAAGCCCGCACGGGUCGACGCCUGAGGUAAAAACAGAGCCACGGGUGCUUCGCGCGCCCAAGGUCCGGCAGAGGGCGGCGCCGCGUGGCGAUACAGCGGGUGCACGUCUCGAUGCCUCGUGUGCUUGAGAGGUCCCACAAGCAUAUGAUAAUAGGGGCACCCCACCAUAGAAUAUUGUAUUGCGAAAUCGACGCGACGUGCGCGCCGAGGUCAGGCUGGCUGCAGCUGCCUCGCACUGCGUGCUGGGCACUGCCAGGUGCCAGCAGAGCGGCGCGCCGACUGACGCACCCUGCCGUCGCCGAUGUGCCCAGACCGAACAACGCAGCCUCCAUCACAGGCUGAGCAGAAGGAGCACGCGAGGCUGGGCGGUCGAGAGGACUAUGGAGCACAUCCGAUGGCACGGAUAGAUAGAUGCAGUCGCCAGUCUACGGGGCGACUCGGCAGCAUCAGGCCAUGGGCCACCGAGCUCCGACCAGCGUCAUUGGGAGGAGGAGAGGGGAGACGAUAAUGCGGGGGGGGGGGCACGAGGACAAGCAAUGAUUGGGAGCCCUAGCCUCGCCUCCACAGUAAGACAACGUAAGAAAGGAUCGACUGAAUCAGGCGAGCUGUCGCUCGGUAUAUCGUAGAUAACAGCCCCAACUCUUGGCGGCAUGGCGGCAAGGCCGAACGACAUGCAGUUCUGGCCUCGCAGGAACAUCAGCGCAUAUCACUGGCGGCAAACUCAAGAAGAAAGGACGAUAUGUUUGAAGUACUGCUGGUACUAUGACAAAAGAUAUAAACAAACUAUGCAGAAUACAAGCUCCAGCAAGUGACCCGGCCGCGCGCCCUGAGGGCCUCGCGUAAACUGGCCUGAACACCAAGCAAACAUAUUCGUAUCGUGCACAUGCAACCUCCGAGUAGUCCGUGCCAAGCCCGACUUGGCCUGGAAGUGUGGCGUGGAGAAGGUGAGUAUGCCACGGUGAUGGAGGAUCUACUGGAGACGAAUUCACAGCGCCAAUCGCUCUCUCUCUCUCUCUCUCUCCCUCCCCGUGCGCACGUACGCAUGUC